AUGGUGGCUUCAUCCACUGCCGCCACCGCUGUCAAAAACCCCGAGCGGUGGAAUGAAGCAUUUGAAGAAUUGUGGGAGAAUAUUCUCAAAAAGAAAGAUCAAAUCGUUCUUUCGCAUGAGCCCAACUCACCGCUCAAUUCAAGCCUAUUAAAGGCACGGCUUAUGGUUUGCGUGCGCACAUUACCGCGUUUAGGUGUCAUUAAAAGGGCCCUAAGGCAGCUUAAUGCGAACUCAAGGGCCAUCACAGUUGAGGGACAAGGUAAUAUAGACUGCGUACCGUCACCCCAAUUCUGUAAGACGUUAGAUUUGCAGUGGUCAACCACUACAAUAUGGGCCGUUGAGAGCACAAAUGAAGGCAGGGUUAUCGUGAUUGAUGCCCUCACAGGUGCUGUGGUGAUGGUUAUUACCGAUCCGAAGCGGGGUGUUUUGAUAUCGUCCCUCAUGCACGCACCGUUCAAGGGUCUUAUCAACAGGCAGUUGGAAGUGAUCCCUAUUGACUCUCCCAAACAACUUCUGCAUGUGCGGGAGUCAUUACUCAUCAAUACGGAUUAUAUGUGGAUUGGCUUUGGUGACGGCUCUAUACGGCUAUUUCCUGCUAGCGCGCAGCGAGUGUGCGAGAGCGAUCGUUCUGCGAUGAUGGCCAAGGGGGAAAUUGCGGAUAUCGUCUUUGAGCUUCCCAAGUACCAUAAGGGCGCCAUCGUUGCCAUUGCACGUAGUCCCUGCCACGAGGAUGAUAAAGUUACUGACGUCGCCAUGGAGAGCCGACUGAGCGCCGCCGUUCAUGAGCUUACGGCGGCCACGUCCCAACUAGGUGGAGAGGGGCGUGAGCAUCUUUCUCUCGUGUGCACUGCCUCUGAGGAUUCUUGCAUUGCGGUAUGGGACUUGAAAAAAAUAUACGGCUGUAUCGAGGAAAUGAGGGUUAUUUGUCGAGCAAGAUCGUCGGGGAUGAAGGAUUAUAACUCAUGGACCACUUCUUUUAGGGCUGAUGCUGUUACCUUUUCGGUGAAUUCACCAUCUGGAGGUUCGCCAGGCAACAUCCUUUCUACCUGUACGAUGGUGAAGGUUAGACCACUCUUUAAACUAAAGGGUGGUGUUGGGGGCCUGCGCACCCUCAAGUGGAUUAGCACAGUAGUGACGACGCGGAAUUAUACAAAGCCUCGUGACGUGGUUGCCAUGACGCGCGAUCCGAAGGAAGCAACAGCGUCAAAGCUUAUUAAAAGCAGGCGCGCGUUUCAGGACAUGACGCGAUGGGAGAGACGUGAAGAGCACCGUUUCAUGUUACGGCUUUCAGAGCGCGAGAUGCGCGACGUGGAACGUGAGUUGGAGAUUCUUAUGCCGCCACUGGCGCCAGAGCCUGUGCAAAGCAAACGCGUUAAUCUCAUCUUCUCUGGUGAUGUACAUGGAACAGUACAUCUGUGGGAUCUGGAUGAGGAGUUGGAGUCUUGCUUAGCCAACGACGUAUCGGAUCCGUACCCACACCCUGUGCGGUAUUCGCCAACUACUUCUGCGUUGGAUGGCUUCGCGGACAGCUCAAGGUUUACACCAAAUCUAUCUCUUGGAAACCGAAGCAAUUCAAACGAACGCACGAAUCGUUCUCUGACGCCGCAAGGCAAUGACUCAUUUUGCACACCACUGAGUCCGCGUCAGCGCGUUAAUACCCCACGGUCUGUUGCUGGUAGACUGAGCACGAAAACCAACAGAUCUAGUGGCUUGAACACCGGAGGGAGAGCAGGACGGCUUUCUACCCGAACGUCAGCUUCAACGCCGAGACUUGCCGUGCGGGAGCAGUCACAGGGCAUCGGUGUUAUUUCACAGGUAUCGGCGAGAGGCGUGUCGAGGGUAACAAAAACACCGGCACAAAAACAGCAGCUUUCAUCUCUUUGCUUCACCACAACGAGUUGCAGCACUCGAAAAAAUGGUGUUGCGACAUCCAAGGGUUCCGAUGCGUGCCAACCACACAAAUCCACCAGCAGGAGGGGGACACCUGUAAGCACAAUAAAGAAGCAGAGGAAGGUAUCGCCACCUUCGACUGCACGAUUUGGGGCGUCCGUAUUUGAUGGUUUGAGAGGUUCACUCUGUAGCACUCCUCGGACUGCGGCAACUCAAUGGACAUCUCAAACGACAGGGAAGAAAGUCGCAAAAGCAGUUGGCAAGGUAAAGAGGAGCAAAGCACCUUGGGACCCCUUUACGUCUAGUACAAGGGAUCGUCGAGACGUUCCUGGCGGUGGUGUUGCAUCUCCAAAUGGCGGAACUACCGCACGAACUCGGUCCGCAAAAACCAAGAAAAGAAAAGCAUCCCGUACACAUAGGACCGCCACAGGAAAGGUUGCAACAGUGCUUACGGAGUCAACUGAGCACGAUGUGUCUGACUUCUACCGAACGCCUUCUGCGGGGCGCCGAUCGUACCUACCUACGUACUCAGUUGGGGCACGUUACGUGGAGCAAGUUUCAGCACAGAGUUACGUAAACACUUGCCGUUCCCCCAGUAGAAGGGAGGAGCGCGGGCGCACCAGCGGUGCGGCAGAUCAUCGACAAAUUAAUGACCUUUAUGCUCGGAAAGCGAAGUUCACCAAGGAUCUCAUAGAUGGUGGAACAGUGACAGGCAUUGUUGUAGAUCUCCCGCCAGUCAUAACGGUUACAAUGCGACUCCUUCCAGAUCCCCCUGAGCUCCACUACUCGUUGUUGGAACACCCAACACCGGAGGAGGUUCGACGCCGAGCACUUGCCAACACCUUCGAUGAGUUGACAAACAAUCGUGCCCUGUAUUGUGUGUUCAAUAAUUUGCGGUUUUACGUUUCCGUUGAGGGUGUCGUGAUGAACAUGCAGUGCGCACCCAAGUUGCGGAAGGGCAAAGGUGGGAGUUCUUCCCCGGGCCAAAGCCCUCGUAGAGAUCCCUUUCAGAGGACCGAUGACAUUACAUUUAGUAUAGUUUUCCAGCGGCGCAUAAUAGAGAGACACUCGCAGCCCGUUGUGCUGUUGUUCAAUGACCAGAUGAAGUCCCAGCUGUGGAUCGCCCGCAAUGAUGGACUUCUUUCGGUGUUUUCGACUAUGACCGAUAAAGUGAUCACGAGGGUCCCUCAUCCGUCUGCUGACACAGCCUUGGGCCCACCCAGUUUGGUUGAUUGGAAGCGUCAGCAAGUUGGGUCGUUGCUUAGUAAUGGUAGGGUUGUUCACUUGGAGAUGCACCGCGAGUGUAAAAAGUAUCCCCUCGCUCACUUUGUGAACUUCGCUCCGCUUUCAGUUCUUCAGCAGUUUGCGAUCCUCAAAGUGUCCAGGAUUUGUUUUGAUGCCAAUGACAUCAAAGCAAACCGUUCUUCUUUGUUCUGUAGGCCAUAUUGCGGCACGUCCAUCGUAAAACUUGAUGCUAGAAAAACACUUGAUGCACAUGCAAAGUCUCGGGAAAACAACUUCAGUAGUUUGUUGUUAACAUUGAUGCAGUGCAGAGAAAACGCAGUAUCUGUCCGUACGGCGCAGCGGGAUUUGUAUAAUUCCUUGUAUUGCGGCAUUUCGGAUCGCGUGGGGAUGUUGAUAACCCGGUAUUCUACGAUCAAUGCGUUUAAUGCGGCUGAAAAUGCAUUCCGUGCAUGGAGGCUUCAUUGCAAGUACUUCCGACGCGAGCAUAUGUUGCGCAACAUCAAGAGGAAAAACUUUAAUAGUCUUUCUAGGAUGGCAUCUGUUAUGCUCAAUGCCCACAUAACGAAUGUGCGGAGGAUGUGGUGGAACAGGUGGAUUUGGGCCACUUACGAUCGGGUUAUGCAGCGCGGGCGGGUGAAGCUUGUGCGUACCCUUCGUAUAGAAGAGCGUGCCCACCUUAAGGUGAAGGUGCUUUCCUUCACCACUAGUUUUUACUGCCUCCGUAAAUAUUGGCAGCGGUGGCGGAAUGUCAUUGCAGCCGCACCGCCCGAAUCUGGUGGCAUGUCACCCGCAGCGAAAGUGCCACCCACAUUCAAUGCCAGUCCCACCAUUCCUACGCUCUCCCCGAGAGUAGCAAGGUAUGUGACGCACCGGCCAGCUCCUCGUACCCGUGGAGCGGCACGAAGGAUCAUGUUUCAGGAUUUGAGUAGCAUCGUUAAUCAUAUUUACUCAUGCCGUUAUAAACUCAUUAAUUUUCGCUUUACUGAAACCGCAGAAAACCUCUUAGACAUGGAUGAACUGUGGGUGGAUGCUAUCGAGGCCGCCACGGGAGAGGUGGAACUUCGUACCGCGUACAACCUGAAGUUGGCAGUGUUCAAAAUGACGUUUUUGCCGUUGCUGGACGGGUUGCUAUCAACUGCAGAGGAAGUCUUACCGUAUAUAGAUGAGGCUUCGCUUAGUAUGGAGGUGCGGUCAAUGCUUAAAGGCUGCCUACUCUGUGUAGACUAUCUUUACGCAGAUGCUGAUGCAGUCGGCGGCAGGGAUGUAGAUGAGAACAGUACUUGUGAGCUGAUGACUCCUGAGAAAACUCAGCAGGGGAAUGCCGAAACCAAUGGAGGGACACACGAGGAGCGCGGCCUGCGCGCCAUGUUUGAUGAGGUCAUGGAUGAUAGGGAGUGUUAUUCACAGGUUGAGAAGAUUGUGACGCGCCGCGCUACGUUGGAAGAAUUUCUCCGGCUUUGUCGUUUUGACUAA